AGGAGGAACAAGAAAAAACCUACAUCUCACGAAGAACGAGUGAGUGAUAAACAAGAGAGAGAGUAUUAAUAAGACCCGACAAAUUUGGCGCUUAAACUGGGAAAAAACACACACUUAUAGAAGUGAGUAGAAGAACCAACAAUCGGAUAUUCUUCUUCUGUUUCUGCUUCAGUUCCAGAAAGAAUUACUGUAUUAUCACUUGAAGAAGAAAAAAGCAGCAGAAGAAGAAUCAGAAGAAUAAUAAACAAGAAUUUCUGGGAUUUUCUCUUUAUAUAACAAACUGACAAAAAGAUUUGACAUGGUAAAUGAAGAUCUGGGUUAGUGUGUUUUGAUUUGAAGAUCGGAAAGACUUUAAUCUGAUGGGUUGUUUUUCUUGCUUGCGUCCUUCACGAAAAGAUGUUAGUAAGAUUGAAGACAGUAACGGAAUUCGAUCUCGCUCACGCUACUCUGCCAGUCCAUCAGGAAAUGGGAAAGCAAGGGUAUCAUUCGAGAGUAAUAGUGAAAUCUGUAAGAAGGGAACAUCAGCCAAUUGUAAGGACAAGGGAAUUAAGAACACCCCAAAACGUCAUACUGCCUGUAGCUACAGUUUUCGAGAACUUGCUACUGCAACUAGCAAUUUCAAGGAGAUUAAUCUGAUUGGAGAAGGAGGGUUUGGAAGGGUUUAUAAAGGGCGCCUGGAAACAGGCCAGAUUGUUGCUGUCAAACAACUUGAUCAGAAUGGUAUCCAGGGGAAUCAAGAAUUCAUUGUGGAGGUUCUCAUGUUAAGUCUUCUUCACCAUUUUAAUCUCGUCACUUUGUUUGGCUACUGCACUGAUGGAGAUCAAAGGCUUCUGGUUUAUGAAUACAUGCCAAUGGGAAGCUUGGAAGAUCAUCUAUUUGGGAAGUCACCAAAUACGGUGCCCUUAGAUUGGAAUACAAGGAUGAAAGUUGCUGUUGGUGCCGCUCGAGGCCUUGAAUAUCUGCAUUGCACAGCAAAUCCACCUGUUAUAUAUCGGGAUUUAAAAUCUGCUAAUAUAUUGUUGGACAAGGACUUCAAUCCCAAGCUUUCUGAUUUUGGACUUGCAAAAUUAGGUCCUGUUGGUGACAACACUCAUGUUUCAACUAGAGUGAUGGGAACUUAUGGCUAUUGUGCUCCAGAAUAUGCCAUGAGUGGUAAGCUGACUCUAAAAUCUGAUAUUUAUAGCUUUGGCGUGGUUUUGUUGGAACUAAUCACUGGUCGGAAGGCUAUUGACACUACUAAGAAGCAAGGAGAGCAGAAUCUCAUAUCUUGGUCUCGACCUUUCUUUAAGGACCGGAGGAAGUUUAUUCAGUUGGUUGAUCCUUUACUGCAAGGGCGCUUCCCUACCCGCUGCUUACACCAUGCAAUAGCAAUUACUGCUAUGUGUCUUCAAGAGCAGCCAAGCUUCCGCCCCUUUAUAAGUGAUGUUGUUGUAGCACUUGAAUACUUGGCUUCUCAACCAUAUAACUCUGGAUCUAAUACUAGAACCCAAAGUCCAUCAUCAUCCACACCUUCAAGAGAAAACGGACUCUCUUCCUCUGAAACCAGAUAACUAGGAGUAGUUUUUUGCAUCUGUUUAGAUGGGUAAUGAGUAGUGUUAGAUUAAGAGUCGGAUGCUUGAGGUGCCAAGUAAACUAUAUUGGGGGUCGCAUCAGCAAUUGGUAAAUCCGGCUUACAAGUUAAGAGGAAAGAGUGAACGUUCGCGGCUAUGUGUGCAAGAAGGUGAAGGUAGAUAGAGGAUCUGUUCGGUAUAAAUAUAUAUUACAUGUAAGAAUGUGUAUAUACAAUAUGUACAGUAUAUGUGUGCGGCUCCUCAUGAUGAACAAGGAGGAUAUAUGGGUUUGUGGUGUUUACUGAAUAUUCAAUUGAAAGAAAAUUGACUACUCUUAUUUUUGUAUAGCGUUUGUGACGGAUAUGAACUAUAAGCAGUUUGCUUGAAAAGGGCAAAAUGCUGGAUAAUUAUUGGGAUGGUGAAAUUGGUAAUGUCUUUUUACAUUUUUCUUUUUUCUUAGGUUUCUGUCACUGCACCGAGAACUUUCGUUCAAUGCUGAAAUUUUAAUUUAUUUUAAUAAAUUUUGGAGUGAUAGAGAA